AUGACUACAGUUUGGACAGCAAGUAAUCUACGUAGACAAGAUGGACAACAUUAUUAUAAUAGUUUAUCCAGAAGUCUUGGCUCUUUAAUGUCCAUUGUCCUCGACGAGCAGAAAUCCCCAUCGGUAUUGAUUUUCUCCAAUCAACACUCACCGAAUAAUUUACAACCAAGUGUUUCAGUUGGUGAACGACUCACCGAUCAUCAUUAUCAUGAAGACAAAAAUAUCCCAUCAUUAUACAAUCAAUUCAGUUUUCAAUCAUUACAAACUGACUCAUCGUCAUCGAUUGCAUUUGUGGGCAAAAAAAUUAAACGUGAAUAUCAAUCGGCAUUUGUAUUGCCCGAUAAUCGAACCAUAGGUAUUAUACGUCAAGAAGAAUUUAUGACUGAAGAAGGUUUAGCACAAGUUACACUUAGUUUAUGUAUUUCAAUGCAUUUGGAUAAUUUAAAAUCAAGUCAUAGUGAAAAAAUUGGUGAUUAUCUUAAAAACGAUUAUUUAGCUUCAAUUCUCUUAGCAUCGCAGGAAUCGUAUGAUACUGAGUUACUUGGUUAUAUGAGUAAUGAAUAUACAUCGCGGAAACCGAAUCGUUUUAAUUUUGAACGUUCUGAAAGUCGACGACGUAAACGAGAAAUUAUACUGGUUCAAGAAGAAAUUAUCGAAGAUAAUGAUGAUGCUGUCUUGAAUAGUUAUUUACCUGAACAAAUUAGAAUCUAUGAAAAAUUAUCUCCUGAAGGAAGAGAUGAAGUGGAUUUACCAAAAAGUCCAAUUAUUCAACAUCCUCCACCACCUUUACCACCGCCUACUUCACAACCAAUCGAAUCGCCAGCGGUGCCUACACCACCGAAAACAUUUAAAAUAUCUGAUAAAAAUCAUACUUCACCGAAAUCACCAUUAAUUCAAAGUAAAGUUUCUAGUUCACCGCAGAAACAACCAGCUCCUAUUAUAGGACGAGCUGAACCACCUGGAAAAACUAAAUCCAUUGUAAGUAGUCCAAAGUCAAAAGAGAAUUUUGAACAACUUAAACGUCAAUGGAAUAAUCGUAUUGCACAAAUGCAAGAACAUUUAGACAAUCAAUAUCGUGAUACACCACCGACAACAACAGCAACAACAACUUCUGCACCAACUUAUACAGAAGGACAUCGUGGUUCAGUAGUGACAUCAAUUCUUCCUACUGUAGAUAAACGAUCUUCGGAUCCAAUUGUAAAAAGUCGUAUCCCACCUGCUGAUCCAAGAUUCUCCUCCCCUGAACAAACAUACGAUCAUCGAUCACCGAUUCCAGAAGAUAGAAAUACAAUCGACCGGCAUGGAUCAAAUAAAGAGAAUUUGAUUGAUGAUCAUUUUGAUUAUAUUCGCUCAUUAUCACCAGCUCGUGGCGGUUCCGGUGAUCUAGUGGAUCCAGUUACAGAACGUUGUGAAAAAGAUGCACAAUUUAUUUAUAGUCAAUCAAGACUAUUUGUGAAUCAACAAAAUAUCGGUAGGCUAAGUCCAAGAAAAUUAUCAGUUGAUCGAGAUGAUCGUCAUAUAACUACUACUACUACUACUACCACUACACCAAGUAGACGAGAUAAAUUGAUCGAUGAAAACGCAGGUCAUAGACGUCAUCCUCCACCACCCCUUUCGCCUACUUCAAAAGAAGGUAUACACUAUCCACGUGAUGCAACAGCUAAUCGACCACGAAUUCCAGACACUUCUAAAACUGCUAUGCCAACAACUCCUAUCCGACAAUCCACACGGAAUCUUGAUGAUGAGCUAGAGAAAAGAAAAAGUCGACCGAAACUAUACGAUGAUGAAUUAUUGCCUCAUGGUACGCAUGGUGAACCAGUAUCAUUCGAUCCGAGGCGAUCAUCAGCCACAUUUCAUUAUGAUAUUCUUCAACAUCCAGACGAGUACAAUUAUUUAGCUGAAGCUGAGAAACAAAAACCAUUUAUGGAUUUUACAUCAGAAUUAUCUUAUGAUAGUAGUCUUUUUGGUAAAACUAGUCAAGGUUCCACUCGUAAACAACCACCAAUUAGGCAUUAUGAUAAAUAUAAAGAGAAAAAACCUGAAAGAUCACGUCGUCAUCCACCUCCUCCUCUGCCUCAACCUACUGAUCAUGAUCGACCGAAACAUUUUGAUGAUAAAUCCAGUCCAAAAGCAGAUAGGAGAGCCGGUCGUGGUGUUACUGCGGACAACUAUCCACCAGUACAAUUAAGACGACCACCAAAAGGUCAGAAAACUGGACAGUCAAUUCCAUCAUUUCGUGAUAGUUUCCUUAGUCCUGAAGGUAUGUCGAUGCCUUCGACACCACGAUAUGACAAUACUUACGGUGUUUAUUAUGAUGAUAAAACAGGCAAAUACAUUGAAGCAUUGGAUCGUGAACAUUUCAAACGAUUAUCACCAGAACGUAUAUCAAGACCACGUUCUAAGCAUACAACUGCAACAAGUCGAAGUUCCGGUUAUUAUGGGGCUACUGUAGUAACUGAUGCAAGUUCAAAGCAUAGUUUAAUCAUCAGUACAAAACGUCGUACAUUAAGCGGUCUAACUGGUACUCAUCCAUCGAAACAUCGUUCUAGUUCAAUGAAUACAUUGUGGUUUGGUGAUCACCCAGUACCAUCAGAACGUACACUAUCACCAUCUACACCGAUUCGGCUAUCAAAUAUACAAAUACAAGCACAAGCUGAAAUUGAUCGUCGUCGACACAGAUCUUCAUCCUCCUAUGGACAUAGUUUAGAUAGAAAAUCUCAGUAUAGUACAACAGGUUGGACAGAAAGUUGUUUGUCUAAAGGUUUCAAUGAUUUAAAUAAUCAUGGUUAUCAAGGUAUUGGAUAUACAUAUGAUAAUCGUGGACGUUUAAUACAUGGUGGUGCAUGUUUACCAGAACGUUCAGCUAGUCGUAAACGUCGAUUGUUAGAUGGUCAUGAAAGUUUAUCAAGAAUAUGGAUACCACAAGGUACUGAACGUUAUCCAGCGAAACAAAUAUCAGAUAAAACAGCUAGUUUACUGACGAAUCGUGAUGAACGACAAACUCAAUUGGAUAAUUCAGCGAUGGCUUUCGCCUUGCGAAAUUUCACUGUGCCUAAAAUUCGGUGAGCUCAAACAAUCUAUAACAAUAAUAAUUAAUUCCAAUUACCAUCUCUCCUAUUAUCUGUCUAUCUAUCUGUCUAUCUGUCUAUCUAUCUAUCUGUCUGUCUAUCUAUCUAUCUCUAGACAGAAACGGGUUUCCAAUAAAUCGCACCGGAAUCAUGAUGAUCAUAAUACUACCCCUAUGACUAUGACUAUGACUAAUCCUACUCACACUACUACUCCUAUUACUAACGAUAAUGAUAGUCAUCACAAUCAUGAUAAUCAUAAUAAUAAUCAUAAUAAUACUCUUAAUCAUAAUGGUGAAAAUCAUCACACUCGAUCUGUAACAACACAUCCUACUGUAUUGCGUAACAAAUUAGACAAUACUAAGAAAUUACACUGCACACCAUCCAUCUUGAAUUGUUGUAUGCGAUAAAUGCCAAUCUUACUCCUUUAUGCUUUAUUUAUAAUAAUUAAUUGUUAUUAAUACUAUUAUUAUUAUUAUUACUAUUAUUAUU